AAGGGGUAUUAAAUUUGAUGGGUUGGCCCACAUCGAUUUGAUGUUUAUGGAAGGGGGGAAAAAUAGUAUGUGGUUUGGAUGGGGUAUUAAAUAGGGGGAUAAAAUUUGACGUUGUUUGGAUGGUUUAAAGAAUGGGGGGAUAAGAAGGGAUGGAUGAUGGGAAAAACUGUCAAAUGACUAUUUUGCCCAUGUGCAGUGUUAAAUUUGAUUAUGUAUGAAAAUAAGUAUAUGAAUUCAAAAAUCAAUAUAUUUAAUCAAUUUUGAAAAAGUUGAAAGUAUAAAAAACUAAAUGAAUUAAAAAAUGUAUAUUCUUAAAAAUUUAUAUAAAAAAACGUUUUUUUAAUGAAUGGUUUGUAUUUAUUUUUCAAUUAUUUUUGGAAUGUGAUUUUUGUGAAAAAGAAAAGACAAAUUAGGGUAGGUUUGAAUGGAAUGUAUGAUUUUGUGUAGAAUGGAGAGUAGAAGUUGGUUGAAUGGUGAAUGGUGGAUAUGUUAUUGAAUGGUAGAUAUGUGGUAGAAUACUUGGUAAAUUUUGCUUAUAAAUAGCAAGUAAAUUCAUUGUCAAACUCAUUCAUCAAUUACAAUUACAAUUACAAAACAAGUCUCAAAUUUUUUUUUUCUUGUACUUAUUCUUGUAUGGCUAGUCGUCCGCCUCCUCGCCACAAUUGGGUCCAGGCUGAGGAGAUCCUGCUGAUUUCGGUACUGAAAUCAAUGGUGGAGUCCCAAUUGUGGACCACAAGCAGUGGACACUUUCGUCCAGGCUACUUGAGGUACUUGAAACGUAUCAUGGACAGUGAUUUUCCUAACGCUGCUAUUGAGGAAUGGCAUAUUGAAGCGAAGGUAAAGAAGUGGCGCCGUACUUGCUUCGUCAUUGUGGACCUAAUUAAUCGUCCCGGGUUUGAAUGGGACGCAAGUCAAAACAUGGUGGUAGCUGAAGACGAUGUUUGGAUUGCAAUCCUCCAAGUUCAUCAACAAGCUUUGGUGACAAGAGAUGUUCAAUUUCCACUGUUUGAUGAUUGGCGUGUUUGCUUCAUUCCCCCUCCCGAGGAGCCGGAGGAGUAGAUGUAGAUCGCGGAAUAAUAAAUAGCGUUAUCCAUGGAUGUUGUCAUUUUUCGUC